GUCCGGACGCUAGGUCGCCACGGGCGGCCCUGUAAUCGCCGCCCAGAAGGAAGGAGGGCGGCUGUGCAAGGAACUGCUAUGGUGCUGAGUUCCCGGGCAGAGCCGACCCGGACGCGGCGGUCGCGGCCAUGAAGGCGGGUGCCACGUCUAUGUGGGCUUCGUGCUGUGGGCUGCUGAAUGAAGUCAUGGGGACCGGAGCUGUCAGGGGCCAGCAGUCAGGAUUUGCAGGAGGUACCGGUCCAUUCAGAUUUACACCAAACUCUGAUUUUUCUGCUUACCCACCAGCACCUACAGAAGGGCCUAAUAUAGUUUGCAAAGCCUGUGGACUUUCAUUUUCAGUCUUUAGAAAGAAGCAUGUAUGUAGUGACUGCAAGAAAGAUUUUUGCGCCGUUUGUUCGGUCCUUCAAGAAAAUCUCCGUAGAUGUUCCACUUGUCACUUAUUACAAGAGACGGCCUUUCAGCGCCCUCAGUUAAUGCGGCUCAAAGUGAAGGAUCUGCGGCAGUAUCUCAUUCUUAGAAACAUACCAACAGAUACGUGUCGGGAGAAAGAAGACUUGGUAGAUCUAGUACUGUGCCAUCGUGGGCUGGGCUCCGAGGACGACCUGGACACAAGCAGUCUGAAUUCCUCCAGGUCCCAGACCUCGAGCUUCUUCACGCAUUCACUUUUUUCAAACUACACAGCCCCGUCAGCUACUGUGUCUUCGUUUCAGGGAGAGCUUAUGGGUGGAGACCGGACCUUCGGAUCUGGAGCGCUGGGACAGGUGCAAAGUGAAGUAGCCUCAGCAAACACAGAAGAUGAAGAUGAUGACGAUGACGAUGAUGAUGACGAGGAUGAUGAUGAUGAAGACAACCUGGAGGAGCAGACGCCUGGCCUGGCUAAGAAGAGAGUGAGAGCUUCUCUGUCUGACCUGUCAAGCCUGGAAGACGUGGAAGGGAUGAGCGUGCGCCAGCUGAAGGAGAUCCUGGCUCGGAAUUUUGUCAACUAUUCCGGCUGUUGUGAAAAAUGGGAGCUGGUAGAGAAAGUAAACCGGUUAUACAAAGAGAAUGAAGAAAACCAGAAGUCAUAUGGUGAGCGGCUGCAGCUGCAGGACGACGAGGACGACAGCCUGUGCCGGAUCUGCAUGGACGCCGUCAUCGACUGCGUCCUGCUCGAGUGCGGGCACAUGGUCACCUGCACCAAGUGCGGCAAGCGCAUGAGCGAGUGUCCCAUCUGCCGGCAGUACGUGGUGCGCGCCGUGCAUGUGUUCAAGUCCUGAGGCCCAGGCUCCCGCCCAGACAUUUCAAUGCACAGAAGGGACUAGAAACUUACUGUUCAGAAGCCGAAGCUAUUUUUAAAAAUUAUUUUCACUACUAUCAGGAGAUGGAAAGAUUCAUCCUAAGUUGCGGCAGCUUUGACCCACGCCACGCACCUGCCGGCCCGAGGACAGGCCGAGUCUCCCAGGCCCUGCCGGGCCUCCUCACAUCCGUGAUCACUGGUUGCAGAAGUCAGACUGCUCAGUGGCAUCAGCUACUGCUCUUCGGAGGACACUGAUCCUGUUCUCUUAUUUCUCCUUCAUCCUAUUUUUAACUUAAACUACUCAGAUGUUUGAAACUUCUGCUCUCUUUGGAUGAGAUCACUGUCUGCAAGUGGCUGACACGGUACAUGCGGAGCAGUGGCACCUCUGAAUGUUCAUUUUAUUAGUCAUGUGUAUUUUAAAUGCUACUAUUUGAUGAAUGUAAGUUUCCACAUUGUUGCUAUUUCUGCGUUUAAACGUAAUUGGGAACAACUGACAUUCUAUAAUCAACUGCCAGGGCCUUAGACUAAACAUGUCCAUUUCUGUUCAGGUACAGCUUUUUAUAGCAAGGGCUGCAUCUAGCUUCUUUCAUUAGACAAGUGUGUGUGUCAAAUUCUUUAUUAACGUGUAAUCAGUUUACACUGUUUUGUAUAGUGAAAGUGUAUUUUCAGUGCUACCUGCUAGCUAAUUUGAACUUUAGGAAUAAAAUUAGAUUUUAAAAAAUGCUUUUGUUCACAUUGUCCUGGUUGGUUCCUAAUUCACUUGAGUCCAGCAUGAAUGGGUGUCCACGCCUCGUCUGCCACCGUCUUCAUGAGAGAAAGGAGCACCUUCAACGAUGCUGCAAAGAUCCACCUUGGCUGCUGACGAACCAGCGAGGUUGACUGCGGGCUCGCCGCUUCCUGUGACCCCUGUUGUGCUAGGGCCUUUAUCGUUACAUCCAGCGUCCUGAAAUAGAUACUGCCUCCCGUCACAGAUGGGGAACCUGAUCUUUGAGAAGUUAAAGAACUUGUCUAAAUUCUCAGUUAAAAGUGGCCACAUCAGAAUUUAAACCUAACUCUGAUACCAAUGUUUUUUCUUAAUUCUUCCAAAACCACAAAUGAGAAACCUGAGACACGAGCUUAUGCGGUUUCUUGGGACACUAAUGAUUUAUAAUCUCUCUUCUUUCAGGUCUCUCACCAGGGUGGUUUUUUUGGUUGAGACCAACUGUGGAUUCAUUCCCACUGGACAUGGGCAGAGCCUAGGGUGGGUACUGGCCACAAUUCACGUGGACGGUAAAACCUCAGCCGCUGCUGAAGCUUUGGGAGCACUUUGUACUUCUCGUGAGACAGUGAACUCUGGAAAGUCAAUGUUCCCCACAAAUCACUAAUUAGGAGGAAGUCUUCAAAGCCAGGCCAGCAGGUGACAGUCAACACAUCGAAAUAGAAGCUGAGCAGCAGGUAAUCUAUCAGACUAUACGGAUUAAUUUCCAGAGGUCCACAGUGGAAUACAGUGAUGUCUCUGUCCCCAUCCUCACAGUUUGGAAGAAUGUCAGUCGAUGCUUUGGACAGGCCAUGGUGCCUUCCUUUGUAAAGGUUGGAUCCCCAGAGGAGCGGGGGUGGAGCCUCUCCUCUUUUCUAAGAAGCUGUGACCUCACACAGGAAGCAGUCCCUCUGGUUUAUGGUCCUUCCCUUACUUCGUCAGGUACGGUGUAUGGGCUCAGCAGCUGUGUGCAAGCGUCUAGCUUGGCCUGGCCUCGUCUAAAGUUCAUUCUUGAAGGUAUAGGUCUGUAUGAGACUGUACUGGGGUAUAAUCUUAACUGGAUUGUUCAGUACACUGAGGGGCAGGUCAUCUGUAACCAGAGCCCUGCCCCCGCCUGCCUCAUGUCUAGAGAGAUGCUCUGUGCUGUGGGUGUCCCUGUGGAAACUCUGGCUCCCCAGCCCUGGCAGCUCCCCCUUCACCUCCUCUCUCAGCAGACCUAUGUGCUCCAGGAAGUGUUACAGGAGAAACAGCCCAGAUUCCACUGGGAAACCACUGUUUCUUACAAUUCUUAGGCAGAAGAUGCCUUUACUGGACAUCAGAGGAACUCUGACUCGGAAGUUCACAGAACUCGGGCUGCCAAGAACACUGAAACUUGACCUCUUGUGUGGGUGCUCCACGAUGAAUGCUCUGGCUUGUCAAGGUAAGCCACAUUUUUAUAAAUAAACCAUGGAGUGUUAAACUAAUCUUACCUCUGUUAAAUGCCUUGUCUGAGUUAAAUUCUGGGGUGCAGCAGCCUCAGAUGUCUCCAACCUGAGUCAGAAAGGCUCUUUGGAUUUAAAUUAACAGGAGGUAUGGUUCCAUCUAGGUUCAUUUCAGCAUGGUCAAAAAAAAAGAAAAAGAUGGGGGAGCAGUGUGAAACUGCCAUUAGCAGGAAGGCCAGUCCCACAAGAUCCGAGGCUUACGUCAUUGACUGAGGGAGGGAGGGAGGAAGCUGGCUUAUCCUCUCCAUUUUUGGGACUAGAGCAGUUGUUCAGUGUUGAGUAUGAGGUGGCAGGGCCCUGUCAUUUAAAAGAGUUCUAUGACCUGAAGCUAACUUCUCGCUGGUUUCUGUGUCUGCGCCCCCACCCCGGGGAAGUCACCUCAUAACCAAGUGCCUCCAGCCACCCCCGCCCAAGGUUACCAGGGCAGGAUGCGGCCUCCCUCAGCUGGAGGCUGAGGAAUUGGACACGCCCCACCCCGGGUGGCAGUGGAAGCGCCAGGUGGCCGUGGGAGUUACUUUAUACAGGUGUGCUCAGAGGCACCCCGCACAGCUAAGCCAUCCUGCCCUUUGCGGCAGUUCUCACACGGACACUGGUGUAGCACAGUUCUCUCCCAUUACCUUUAUUAGCCACAAACAACAAGAUCUCUUUCUGAAGAUGGAAAAAAUGUACCAAGGGGCUGUUGCAUUUCUCAGGUGAAAAAAAUUUAGCCUGUCUGGCUUCAAAACAAUGUACACUCAUGUUGAGACCACUGCCCUGGACUUCCUAGUCAGAUUUUUAGUCCACCCCUAGAACAGAAACCCUCAAGUCCAAGGCUGGAUUUUUUGUACAACUGUUUAUACAAAUUCAACAAAGGUAAAAGCACGUCAGGGAAGGUCUAGGAACACACCACCGUACAGCCAUGGCACUUGUGAAUGCGUAACUUUACAACUGGGAAACAGCCGUGUUAGGAACCUUAAACGAGAACUCAACUCACACUUCAGAGGAGAGAAAAAAAGGGAAGAAAUGUUGGAUCAUUUAUUCUACUUCUUGACUCACUGUAUAAAUUAGAUCUAUGUAGACAAGAGCUCAUGCUGGAGCAAAACCCUCCUGAGUGCAAAGGCUGAAAUCUGAAUCUUAAAAUUUUGAGAAAAAGGUGAAUUCUAUACAGAGGAAAUUUAGCAAAGUGUCUCACCUUGACUAUAAUUUACAUAUAUCCACAACAUGCUUAUGUAAGUUCUUGAUGUACAAAGCAGGUGGUCGACUUCCAGUUAAACAUGCUUUUCACUGGAAGGUCUGAGCCUGCUUUGCCAGAUCUGGGCACGUGUGUAGAUGGGUUUGUAUCAGUGAAGCACAGGUUAAGUUCUACCUUAAGGAAACCAGGAAAGUUGGCAAUCUCAAAACAAUAAAAACACUGGUAUGCAUUCAAACCUUGCAUAAAUAACUUUUAAACAAUUUGUACAAAAAUAGUUCUGCAUAAUGUAAGAUGUAACAAAACCAAACAAACAAAUAUGUCAAGACGGCAGAUGUGGUGUGUGGUCCACUUUAUGUUGACACCAAAACCCCCAAAGUUGCCAGGAACAAGGUGUCCAAAACAAAAACAUCACCACCAAAAAAAAAUUCCUAAGCUCAUGCUUCGUUCAGUAAGCGAAUUUCUCCCAAGUCCACCCUCCUCUCCAACAGGAAUGUCU